AUGAAGUUUUCCUACACCCUUGUUGCUGCGCUCGUGGGAGUGGCCGCCGCCAGUCCACUUGGAGAACCAUCCCUCAGCAAGCGCGUCGACAAGGACAAAGUCAAGAGUGAGAUUCAGGAGUUGAACAAUCUGAUUGAAAAAUUCCAACAGGCCAAGGACGAGAGGCAGAAGAGCACGGGCGACGGCUGGCAGCAGACCAUCGACCUCCUGAAGGAAAGGGCGGCUGCUAUUGAGGCAGCACCAGAUGAUAAACUAGUCGAGGAAAUCAACAAGCUCGACGAGCCAAUUGGUCGCAUAAGGAACAGCAGAGAUGGGGCUGUAAGUUCAACCGGUCUUCACGGGGAAUGA